AAACUUGCCAUCCUCUUAUCUCAGCCUCCUCAGUAACUGGGAUUACAGUUGUGUGCACCCAUGUCUGGCUGAGUUUCCUUUUAUGUCAUGGCUUCCACAUGUAUUGCUGCUGCAGGCUGAGCUUAAGGUGGCUGUUCUGGAUGAAAGCCCCAGCCCUGUGUAUGAAUAGGGGUGGAAUAUUUUCUGGAAGAGGUCCCUGUAUCGGUGGAGCUCUUGGCUGAACUAAGUCACCAUGUAGUCUAGGCUGGUGGUGGCAAACCUAUGACACAUGUGCUGUAGCAGGCUCUUACCAUUGAAAGCUCUAAAAGGUUUGCCAGCAUUAGUCUAGGCUGACCCAUGUGUGUCACUCGGCCCCUUCUCAGGGCUGAGAGCUGCCCCUUCUAAAUAUAUCCCAGUGGGCUGAGCUCAGGCUUAUUUUAAACCCAGAUUGGGAGGUGGCCCGGCCUUCCCAAGCUCCCAGAGGAGCCACUGCUGCCUUCAUCCAUGCCUGUUACUGGGCACCCUCACUGGCUCCGACUCUCAACUUGCCAUGCCUGAGGAGACCCAAGAAGACACCGUGGUGCUAACACAGAUCCAGAAAAGCAGGGGGCCACUGGCUUCUAACCAUGUGUCGGAGGUGCAGCUACACCGAGUGGAAUCCAUCAGUGACUUACACAGUGGAGGCUUGCCACACCCACAUCUGGCUGAAGAGGCACGGCCAUGGGAUGAGUUGCUGGGUGUCUUGCCACCAUCACUGUGUGCCCAAGCUGGUUGCAGUACAGUGUGUGGCCGUGGGGGGUUCCUGCUGCUGCUGGCACUGCUAGUGCUCACUUGCCUGGCACUUGCCAUCCUGGCUGUCUACUUGAGCGUACUGCAGAGUGAAUCCCUUCGGGUCCUGGCAUACACGCUACGAACACAGGAGGAGAUGCUGCUCAAGCUCCGACUGGCCAGCCUCAGCCAGCUUCGAAGGCUCAACUCCAGCGAAGCUCGAGCACCCAGCUGAAACUCCACUUGGACUGCAGC